CUGUGAGAACAAAACAACCACACACUUCUAUAAAAUCAGCUCAAAAACAUGGUAGAAUUAAGAGUUCUAAAACAGUAGUAACUCCUGUAAAAGCUUCUUCAGGCUCAGUAGUUGAUAUUCUGGUUACAUUUAAUUCUAAAAAAAAUAAAUAUAAACGUAUAUUAAACAAAAAUGAUAAAGAAGAUAAAAAUAAAUAUGUUAAUUAUAGUGUUUCUGAUUCUGAAGAUAUUGAUUAUAAUUUUUAUAAUUAA